AUGUCUAAUAAAUACUCGAAAACCGCUAUCUUGUCGGUCUACGACAAGACCGGACUGCUAGAUCUGGCCAAGGGUCUUGCGGAGAACAAUGUGCGUAUUUUGGCAUCAGGCGGUACCGCCCGUAUGGUGCGUGAAGCCGGAUUUAGCGUGGAAGACGUUUCCUCGAUUACUCACGCUCCAGAAAUGCUAGGUGGCAGAGUCAAGACUUUGCAUCCAGCUGUUCACGGUGGUAUUCUGGCUCGUAACUUGGCCUCUGACGAAAAGGACUUGAAAGAGCAGAACAUCGACAAAGUGGACUUUGUUGUCUGCAAUUUGUACCCUUUCAAAGAGACCGUUGCCAAAGUUGGUGUGACGAUCCCUGAAGCCGUGGAAGAAGUGGAUAUCGGUGGUGUGACGCUAUUGAGAGCCGCAGCCAAGAACCACUCGCGUGUGGCUAUUCUUUCGGACCCCAAGGACUAUCCUCAAUUUCUCCAGGAACUUUCCAAGGGCGAUGUCAGUCAGAAUUUGAAAAACAAACUAGCUUUGAAGGCCUUCGAACACACCGCGGAUUACGACGCUGCCAUCGCGGACUUUUUCAGAAAACAGUACUCCGAGGGCUGCACUCAGCUGCCUCUACGUUACGGUGCUAACCCACAUCAAAAGCCGGCUCAGGCUUAUGUCUCAUUACAAGAAGAACUACCAUUCAAAGUGUUGUGUGGCUCUCCUGGCUACAUUAAUCUUUUGGAUGCCCUAAACUCUUGGCCUUUGGUCAAGGAACUGUCUGCGUCGCUAAACCUUCCAGCAGCAGCUUCUUUCAAGCACGUUUCCCCAGCCGGUGCCGCUGUUGGUUUGCCUCUAAGCGAUGUUGAAAAACAGAUCUACUUCGUCAACGACAUUGAAAACUUGUCGCCUCUUGCUUGCGCUUACGCCAGAGCUCGUGGUGCCGACAGAAUGUCUUCUUUCGGUGACUUCAUCGCUUUGUCCAACAUUGUUGAUGUACCAACUGCCAAGAUCAUCUCCAGAGAAGUUUCCGACGGUGUGAUUGCCCCAGGUUUCGAACCAGAAGCUUUGGAGCUGCUAUCUAAGAAAAAGGGAGGAAAGUACUGCAUCUUGCAAAUUGACCCUAACUUCACUCCAGAGGCUUUGGAAUCCAGACAAGUUUACGGUGUCACUCUUCAACAAAAGAGAAACGAUGCCAUCAUCAACAAAUCAUCAUUCAAGGAAAUUGUCUCUGCCAACAAAAACUUGACCGAGCAAGCUGUGAUCGACUUGACUGUGGCCACCAUCUCCUUGAAGUACACUCAGUCCAAUUCUGUGUGCUACGCCAAAAACGGUAUGAUUGUCGGUCUCGGUGCCGGUCAACAAUCCAGAAUCCAUUGCACAAGACUUGCUGGUGACAAGGCCGAUAACUGGUGGUUGAGACAACAUCCAAAGGUUCUAGGUUUCAAGUGGGUCAAGGGUGUCAAGAGACCUGAGAAAUCAAACGCUAUCGAUUUGUUUGUUACAGGUCAAAUUCCAACAGAGGACCCAGAAAAAUCGGAGUACGAAUCCAAGUUUGCUGAGAUUCCAACUCCUCUCUCUGCUGAGGAAAGAAAGGACUGGAUGGGCAAGUUGAACAACGUUGCCUUGUCCUCGGAUGCUUUCUUCCCAUUCCCAGAUAACGUCUACAGAGCCGCUAAAUCUGGUGUCAAAUACAUUGCCGCACCUUCAGGUUCCGUUAUGGACAAGGCCGUGUUCUCCGCUGCCGAUUCUUUCGACUUGGUCUACGUUGAGAACCCAAUUCGUUUGUUCCACCAUUGA